AAAUGGUGUGUAACUUCGUGUAUUUAUUACUGCAUGCGAUCUCGGUCCACGAAAUCCAUUCCGUGUCUUCCGAUCGUAACUUCACUGCUGUUUCGACCAAUUUGAUGUUCUUGUCGGAUCUGUCAUUUUCCUCCUUAUAAAAAAAUAAAAUAUAAUUGGGUCACAACGAUCCAUUCAUUUAUUAAUUCCAAGUUGCUUUCUUGCAAAAGGAAGAAACUUUGAUUAGUUUUGUUGCAUGCAAUGAAGAUUUUAGAUCAUGGGCACCCAAACUAAUCCAAAAAAAGUAUUUCUUUCUUUUUUUGUAGAGAAUUGUCAAAGAAGUUAAGUAGAAGGCGUUGAAGAGUAGGAAGCUAUCGAUUCCGGAUCUUGUAUUUAUGAUUCCUACUUAUUCAUAAAAGAAGAGAUGUAAUAUAAAGGUUCCUUCAAAAUUCUUCUAGCUUUGAGUUUAUUGGUUUGAUAAGUUGUUUAUAUGAUAUCUGAAAAAGUGAAGACUCGGUUGAAUAGGUUGUUGCAGUUAUUGGUUUUGUAUUCAUCCAUCACCUUGUUUCCUUGUAAGUUGUAGAAGUUGUUCUGAUUUGUGUAGACAUUUUUAUUGAUUUUUUAGGUGGUUUUUGGGUUUCGGUUUAUCGAUUUAAUCUGGUAGAAUAGUUAUUGCAAAAUGGAGUCAAAACAGGAAACAUCAAGUGUAAUUUUGAAAUUGAUGGGACUUGAUAGAGUUUCUUCCCAACAUCAUACCAUUAGAAAUAGACAGAAAGUGCUCUCUGAGGAUUACCUGAAGAAAGUUGCUUCUAUUGGUGUUAGAAAGAAGCGUUCGUCUCAACGGUGUCAUUGUUAUGGAAUGAGCACUGACGAAAACGAAGAAUCCGAUGAUGUUUUGAAAGUGGUCAAAACAAUAAGGAGAGAUAAGAACCAUAAUCCAUCAAAGGGAAAUGGAAAAGAGAAUUUAUCCUUGUUUGGAACAAAGGUAGAAGGUUUAAGGAAGCUUGAAACGUUGGUUAGUACCGCUAACUCGUUCAGUCUUGAAACAAGUGUGAAAACCGAGCAGGGAAAUUUGUUUCUUCAACAAAAGACAAAUAAUGGGCUGCAUAAUGUUGUGCACGUAGAAGCUCGAUCGUGUAAAAAAUUUAGUCUUUCAAAAUCUCAAUUGGAUUUGAAGGAUGUAACUUUCAACUCAAGAAUUGAUGUUUCGAAAGUGAAUUCUCGAAAAGAAGGAAAUUGUAAGAUUCAAAGGAACAUUAGAUGUAAGGUUGGUGUCGGUAAUAGCUUCGCUAGAAAAACCAUAAUGACCAAACCUAUUGAUGCAGCUUCUGUUAUUACUGAUAAUUUUGAAACUAUGACUAAGGAUGAUUUGUUUCAGAAAUAUUGGGGUUUCAGUAAGAAUGCCUCUUUGAAUUGGUCAAUCAAUCAGAAAGAUCAUUCGAAAGAUAUGAACCUAAAGUCUAGAAGUGAAAAAUCACCUUUUUUGUCUUAUUUCGUUAAUAAUGAUACUGAGAGUUGUGCUGACCUGCAUAAGUUGAAGAAGAGAUGUUAUGGGAACGAUUUGUCUGAAAAGGAACCGAUGCCAUCUCAAUUGUCAAGCUCUGAUCCUUCACCUUCCGUCAUAGACAUGAAGAACAAUAAGCACAGAGACAGUAACAUGUUGAACAAAAUUGCCAUGUCUCUUGAUUCAUCGGUUGAUUUCUUGGUGUUUGAUGCGAUGAAGACUGAGGUUGUUGAUUGCUUCAAUAAUAAUCCAACCAUGCAGCAAUCUGAAUCAACGGCCUCUUCAAUGACGCACGAAGACAAUGAUUCUUUAAGUCAUGGUUCUUAUGUGUCAAAGCAACAACAGUUACAGGAAACAUCGGAAUUUCAAGAUGAUUCAGCGUAUUCACUUUGCAUCGGGUAUGACGCUGAUUCUCUUGGAAACUUCCAGGAGGCAUAUGAAACUAGUCCAAUUUCAGUUUUGGAUUCUACAUUUAGAGAAGACAUUUCGGUUAUCUCUGAAUGCGGCGGUGCUGGUGUAUAUGAUUCGUCUGAAGUGGAUGAUGAAGGACUUGAUUUGAAUGUUUCAAGUGACGAAGAUUGUGAGAACAAAUCUGUAGGCGAUUUUGAAGAGAAGAAAGAUAUAGUAGGCUUAUCUAGAACAGAAGAAAGUAGGGACUUCUCGUAUGUUGUCGAGGUAUUAACCGAGGCAGGUAUAUGUAACAAGAGCUUGCUUAAAGAUUUUUCCACAUGGCAUUCUGCUGAAUAUCCUAUUAGCCCUUCAGUAUUUGAAGUCCUAGAAAAGAAAUUUGGCGAGCAGCAACUUUGGAAAAGAUCCGAAAGGCGGCUUCUCUUCGACCGUAUUAAUUUAGGGCUAUUAGUUAUUCUCCAUCCGUAUUUAUAUGUCCCGAAAUGGGAAAAACCUGUGUCGAGAAGAGUGAAUAGUGAACCAAACCAAGACAUGAUUGAGGAAGAAAUGUGGGGGUUACUUGUUUCACAAGAAAAUAAAGCCGGUAAGGAAUCGAUGGAUAAUAUGCUUGGAGGGGAAAUUAGGUGGAUAGAACUAUGUGAAGAUGUUGAAGAUAUUGUUAGAGAGAUAGUUAAGUUGUUAUCAGAAGAACUUGUAGAUGAGAUAGUUAGGUUGGAGGAUUUUUGAAAACUCUAGCUUUGUGUGCGGCUAUAGCAUUUUUUUAGUUUAAAAGACAUGCCUUGUUAGUGUAAAUCAAUUUUACGCUGACAUCCAUUGAGAGUUCAGUUUUGCUACGUCGUUCCACUCUUUUACGUAUAUUUUGAAUAAGAAUGUGUGAAGUAGCAAAAUGGUGAGUUCUUGUUGGUUGUUAGUGUAAAACAAAUUUACAUUGAUUUUGCGUAUCUCUUUUAACUCUUUUUAUAUAUUCAUGCAAUUCAUUUGUAAGUUUAAUUUGGAGAGGUUGAUUUUAUUUCAUUUUGAGAGCUUGAUUUUGAGAGGUUGAAGAGAAGUAAUUAGGUUAUAAUAUAGGUAUAGGUUUAUUAUUGAUUCAUGUGCUAAAAUAUUGUAUUUCAUUUGUAUCCAUAAAAGAAAAAAAAUGGCAAGUGCUUGUGCUUUGUAUUUCAGUAUACAAACAAUAGUUUUGUGAUGAUUUUUUUGUGCA